AAAAAGUUAUCGAUUUUGAAUUUCGAUUUUUUAAAAAAUCGAGUAGUUGUCAAAUUCCCAACCGAAAUGUUUCGAGUGCUAACGAAAUGUCAUUUCACAUCAAUUUUUCCCGGUAUUUUUCAUCACUGUCCACAGGUGAUUAAUGUUGGGGUAGUUGAUCCUUUCUGUUAUAAUUUUAAAUUGUCUGAUAAACAAUUGAUAUUCAACAUGCCUCCAAAGCGAAAAGCUCCAACAACAAUAACAACAACAGAAAAGGCGGAUUCUACAACUGAUAUCGUGAAAACCAAUAAAAGAGGUAAGAAGGCAGAAUUGGAAACAAAUGGUAUUCAAAAUGAAGAUGAGCAAGUAAGUUCACCGCCGAAAAGAUCGAGGCCUGUUAGGAGCACUAAAACAGUCGUUUCUUAUGACGAAUCUAAAACACCUGCAAAACCCAAGAAGGUUCCCAGAUCGGAAAAAACGCUAAAAAUCGAUAAAGCCUCUACUACUUCAAAAUCGCCCCAACCCGGUCCAUCGUGGAGGGUGAGUCCGGACAAUCUCCCUGAAGACCACGUCACUUUAAGGAGGCCAAAGAAAGAGAAAGCGCAAAAGAGCGCAGAGAAAAUAGAGAAAUUGGAAAAGAGCAAACCCAAAAAGGAAACCGUUAAAACUAAGAAAACCAAACCCGAGGAAAAUCUUCAAAACGAAGAUUCCGACGAAAAGGAGAAAAGCAAAACAAAAAAGGCCAAACCUAAGGCGGUAGAAGAAAAUCUCCAAAAUGGCGACGACAAAAUGGAGACCGUUAAAACUAAGAAAACCAAACCCGAUGAAAAUCUUCAAAACGGAGAUGCCGAGAAAAAAGAGAAAAGCAGAACGAAGAAGGCCAAACCUAAGGCGGUAGAAGAAAAUAUCCAAAAUGGCGACGUCGAAAUGGAGACCGUUAAAAUUAAGAAAACCAACUCCGAUGAAAAUCUUCAAAACGAAAAUGUCGAAAAGGAGAAAAGCAAAACGAAAAAGGCCAAACCUAAGGCAGUAGAAGAAAAUCUUCAAAAUGACGAAGAAAAAACCAACGAGCCGAAAGUAAAAGAGCUUCAAAAUAAAACUGAUACCAUAUGGAACGAUAUAGAUUUUAGCUGCCAUGCAAAGAACGGAUUCGGCGUCAAACAUAAUUUGAUUAUCAGUACUUGGAACGUUGGGGGACUCAAGAGUUGGGUGAAGAAGGGAUGCAUGGAAUAUUUAAAGCACGAGCGACCCGAUAUUUUGUGCAUGCAGGAGACGAAAUGUACAAAGGAAAAACUACCGGAAGAACUGAGCCAACUCAAAGAUUACCACCAGUAUUGGUGCUCUAGCAAUAAAGAAGGUUACGCCGGUGUCGGUUUGCUGAGCGUAAAAGAACCGGAAAACGUCACUUACGGCAUCGACAAUGAAGACCAAGACAUCGAAGGAAGAUGCAUCACAGCCGAAUUCGAUAAGUUCUAUUUAGUAAACGUCUAUGUACCCAAUGCAGGACGAAAAUUGGUCACAAUGCCCAAACGCUUGGAAUGGAACAAAGCGUUCAAAAAGUACGUAAAAGAGUUGGAGGAAAAGAAACCCGUUAUCAUAUGCGGCGACAUGAACGUAUCUCAUAAUGCAAUUGAUCUGGCCAGGCCCCAAAGCAACACCAAAAGCGCUGGUUUUACGCAAGAGGAACGAGAAGGCAUGACUGAAUUAUUGACCGACGGAUUUGUAGAUGUCUAUAGACAUCUUUACCCCGACCAAAAGGAUGUUUAUUCGUUCUGGACGUAUAUGUCGAAUUCUAGGGCCAAGAAUGUGGGAUGGAGGUUAGAUUACUUCAUUGUCUCUGAAGAGAUGAUAAAAGGUGUUAGCGACGUGGUUUACCGCACGGAAGUAUUUGGAUCUGAUCAUUGCCCUGUGACCAUUUUUAUUAACAUUUAGUCUUUAUUAUACUUUGAUUUAUCAAAAUAUUAACGAUACUUUUUACUCAUUUACGUUAUUACCAUUAUAGUGGCUAUUUACAGACUGUUAGGUCUUUUGCGGCAAUUUGUUCAAUUAAUGUUCGAAAAAUGAUAAUCUAUAAUCUCAUAUAAAUUUUCUAAUGUCUUUUUGUUUGUUUGUGUCUUGUUUUACAUGUAUUUUGUAAAAGACCUAAACUUUCUUUCUUUAAACAUUUGUUUAAGUGUACGACUAGAUUUAAGCGUUUCAUUUAUUUGUUGAGUAUUUUUUUGCGUUAUAUCCAUUAUACAACUAUGUUUAAUAUAUU